CCGCCCGGUACCCACGGCACUUGUGGAUUUGAUAUGGGAGUAGCGAAUUGGCGCGCAUAAAACUCAGCAAUAACACACAUAUUUCUGUAACCAUCCUACAGAAUCCCGAUUCAGUAUGUGCACUGCUGCUGCUACGGUGCAAGCAAACAACACAAAAACGGCUAAGCCACCGCGAAUGUCUGUGUGUUUACGUGCAAAUUCAUAGUUUCUUUUCUGCUUGUUUACUCAAAAAGUCAACGUUCGAAAUUUCAACUUACCGCGAUGUCAUCACCCGGGAAACAGGAUUCGCCCUCUGGAUCGAAUAAAUUGUUGACGUUCGAAGCUACGAUGUCGAACAUUUUUAACGAAAUCUCAAAAUGCGUCAGUGAAAAUGAAUUCAAAAGUGCUUUCAAGGAUAUGAAGAUAUCAUCAUCCAAUUUGAAAAAAUUGCACAAACUCAUGGAAACUGAUUUAUUUAACAAAAUGAAUGAAGAUUUACAAGAGUUAGUUUCUGAUGAGAGUCUUGUUGAGGGUAUGAGUCAGCUUGAAAAACUAAUUGAAGAAACUCCAUUUCCAAAAGAUGAAAAAUUAUGGAGACCACCAGGAAAUGUAAUACAACAUUUGAAAACACUAGACGCAAAAAAAAUCAUAGACGAAUCUGAAAUCUUAAAAAAGUACAUAGAUGAAAAAAAUAUUGAAAAUGAAAGAAUGAUGGAAGAUCUUAACAUGAAAAGAAAAAAAGUAAAUGUUAUAGGAAAGAAAAUGAAAGAACUACUGAGUCUGGAUCUAUCAGAGUUGAAAGGAAAAAUUGAGUUUAACAGGGAGUGCGUUGAACAAUUAAUUGGCAAAAAAUCUUCUAACUAAUUCAAUCAGAAUUCAAUUUUGCCUGAAGAUCUCUUUCUUCUUGAAGUUUUUGAUCUAAAACUUUUUGAAGUUUAACUUUAUAUUCUUCAUUUCUUUUCUGAGGAAUAAGAAAAUAUAUAACGUGUAAAUAUGUAAAAAUGUGUUUGAAUAUGUCAAUAUCAAGUA